CUCGCGUCCAGCAAAUUGUUACCAGAAAGCUUCCUAUUUUCCUGAGACUCUCUGGAUUACGUGUUUUAUAGUCCAUAUGUCUGAUUAGCUAAACGGUUUGGCAGAGGAUUCUCUGUUACAACUCAAUCUUUAUUGAGAAACCACAACUGUCAAGGAUGUCAAACAGACAGUCGCGGCAAACACGCGCAGGGUACUUCGAAACUGAAUCUGGGAAUCGAAUUUCCCGAAAGGCAACUAUCGUGGGAUCUCAGUAUAUUCUGAUGGGUGGUAAAUCGACGAUUCUGCCAGAUUGUGUUAUCAGAGGCGAUUUGCAACGUCCGUCAAAUUCAGGUUCAUCUUCAGCUUCGAUCAAUGUUGGUCGUUACGUAUUUUUGGACAAGGCAGUUCUUGUUCGUCCGCCUUUCAAAAUUUACAAGGGAGCUAUUACAUACUAUCCCAUGAAUAUUGGCAAUUACGUGUCUGUUGGAAGCGGUACCGUUCUACAAUCUGCUUCGAUCGGCUCGUAUGUUUCGAUAGGCAAGAACUGCAUAGUCGAUAAGUUUGCUAUCAUCAAAGACUGCGUAGUUAUUCGGGAUGGCGCGGUCAUUCCCUCGACAGCUUGCAUACCACCAUUUUCGAUUGUCGCGGGCAGCCCGGCUGCUGUAGUAGGAGUCUUGCCUGAAUCAGCUGCUGAGGUUCUAGAGCGCGAGGCACGUCAGCUUUAUGCUCUCCAUGGACAGAUGCUAAAUCUAGAUGAGGCAGAAAAUGUUCUGGGAUGUGUGUUUGACGAUCGUUCAGAGAUUGGAAUUAAUUGAGCAUUGUUAGAACAAAACCUUACAACGCGUAAGCCGCAGAAGCAAACGAAGGCGAUGGACGAGAGAUGAUGUAAUUGUACCCCAACCCUGAUAAGCGCUUAUCAUUUGACUAAGGAUUAGGGCUUUUUCCUCUCCGCCCAGGC